CCCUGCUCCAACUCUAUGGUACCCUUCUACGCCAUCGCAGCGCGACGGAAGCGCUUCGACAAGGAGGGUGUCAGGCCGGAAGUAAGCCAUGCAAGCCGGAAGCACGUGUUGGGCCCGGCCGCGGCGACCGAGGCGGGGGCUGGCGGGCGACCCGCCGGGGUAGCAGCCAUGUCGGCGUCAUCCCUCCGUGGCUGCAAACUCAGCUACGUUGAGUCCAAAAGAAUCGAGCCUUUCUACACAGGAGGACAAAUUCAGAUAAGCCAAGAUGGAGAAUAUAUGUUUUGUGCUUGUGGGAGCAAGGUUAAUAUACUGGAGAUGGCAACAGGAAUUCUCUUGCACAGUAUUGAACAGGAUGAUCAAGAUGAGAUUACAGUGUUUGUUGUGAGCAGUGACGAUGAGAUUCUCGUGACUGCCAGCCAGUCGCUGCUGCUGAAACAAUGGGACUGGGAUGGAGAGAAAUGUGUCCGCACGUGGAAGGCCAUACACACAGCCCCCGUGGCCAGUAUGGCCUUUGACCCAACGUCCACUUUGUUAGCCACAGGUAGCUGUGAUAGCACCAUUAAGGUUUGGGAUGUUACCAAGCAGUACUGCACGCACAACCUGAAAGGCUCAUCUGGAGUUGUCAACAUUGUCGAGUUCCACCCAGACACGUCCCAGCUGCAGCUCUUCUCCUCCUCCUCGGACAACAUAAUCCGCGUGUGGGAUCUGACCUCCAGCCAGUGUGUCGCCCAGCUCGAAAACCACUACAGCUCCGUCACCUCUCUGGCUUUCUCCGAGGACAGUAAGACGCUCAUCAGCUCCGGCCGCGAUCAGAUCUGUACCGUGUGGGACUUGGAUACGAAAGAAGCCCAGAGAACCAUCCCUGUCUAUGAGACUGUCGAAUCUGUGGCCUUGUUACCAGAAAAAGGGGAUUUCUCACAGUUGGGUGUGAAGAAGUCAAGCAUUCACUUUAUCACUGCGGGCAGCAAAGGGAUCAUCCGGAUCUGGGACGCCUUCUCGACCACCUGCGUGCACAGCCAGUCGCUGCCUCACCUUCCAGAAGCAUCCAAAGAGGAAGGGUCUGGCGAGCACAGGCUUGUCCACUGUGUCCUGGUGCCUGGGAAGAGUGAGAUUGUCACAGUCAAUGCUGACCAGAACAUCGUCCUGUACGAUGCUGAAACGCUGGAACCCAGGAAGCAGUUUGCAGGUAACAAUGGAGAAGUUCUGGAUGUCCGGUUCAUCGGCCCAGGAGAUUCCCACAUUGUGGUGGCCACCAACAGCCCCCAGCUGAAAGUGUUCGACUUGGCGACAUCUCACUGCCAGAUCCUGUACGGCCACACAGACUCUGUUCUUGCCCUGGAUGCCUUCCGGAGAGGAAUGAUGUUCAGUAGCUGUGCUAAGGAUAAAACUUUCCGGAUCUGGCGGAUGAAAAAAACCUCUGGUGAGGUUUUCUGCGUAGCCCAGGGGUUGGGCCAUGCGCAUUCAGUGGGCUCACUUGCUUGUUCCAGAACAAAAGAGAAUUUUGUGGUUACAGCUGGCCAGGACUGUACAAUCAAGUUAUGGUAUCUUCCCGAGUCUGUCUCUAGCAAGUCAAAAACAGAUAAUGUUGAAACUCUUAAUGCCGAUGUGACAGAGAAGGCCCAUACCAAGGAUAUUAAUAGUGUGGCUGUUUCUCCGAAUGACAAGCUGAUAGCGACAGGCUCCCAGGACAAGACAGCCAAGCUGUGGUCCACCGACAGUUGCACCCACUUGGGCACCUUCUCCGGUCACAAGCGGGGGGUCUGGUGCGUGCAGUUCUCCCCUGUGGACCAGGUCUUGGCCACCACCUCAGCGGACGGCACCGUGAAACUUUGGGGUCUGCAGGACUUCAGCUGUCUAAAGACAUUCCAAGGACAUGACGCCUCUGUGCUGAAGCUGAUCUUUGUGAACCAAGGGACGCAGUUAGUUACCAGUGGCUCCGAUGGUCUGCUGAAGCUCUGGACAAUUAAAAACAACGAGUGCGUCAAGACCUUAGAUGGCCACACAGACAAAGUCUGGGGCCUUGACGGCAACAAGCAGAACAACUUGCUGGUCACAGGCUCCGCGGAUGCCUCUGUCGUGCUGUGGAAGGAUGUCACAGACAUCGAGCUGGAAGAGGCACAAGCGAAGCAGGACGAAGAGAUCCUAAAAGAGCAGGAGCUGUCCAACUUGCUGCAUGAGAAGCAGUACCUGAAGGCGCUGGGCCUGGCUCUCUCCUUGGACCGGCCUCACACUGUGCUGACCGUGGUCAAGGCCAUCCUAAAGGAAAACAGUGGAAAAGAGGACUUGGAAAAGAACAUACUGAAGUUGCGGAAAGACCAAAAGGAGGCUGUGCUGAAGUAUUCGGUCACUUGGAACACAAACUCACGCAACUGCCACGAGGCUCAAGCCGUGGUCGAAACCCUCCUCAAGCAUGAAACGCCAGAUUCCCUCUUGCAGUACGAAGGCAUAAAGGCAGCUGUGGAGUCGCUCCUGCCCUACACAGAACGUCACUUCCAGAGGCUGAGCCGGUUGCUGCAGGCUUCGAUGUUCCUUGAUUUCAUGUGGCAAAACAUGAGACUGGCCAGUGCUUCCACACCGGAUGAGGACAUGGAGACAUGACUGGGCGGGGCGGGGCGGGCAGUUGGGGCCGGAGAGCCCGAACCCUCCUCCGCCCAGCAGCCUCCAGCGACUGAUUUGCUGUGUGCAGAUAGAGAUUGGCUCUCUCCUCAGCAACAUUUCUCUAAGCAUUUGUAUAAUAAACAUGUUUUGGAUUAAA